AUGUCUGCCCCAAAGCUAUUAUAUACUCUCGAACAACCCCAUGGCUUAGGGGAGUUGUAUUUUUUAUGGCAGAAGGGUGAAUCAAGAUCUCUUCUUGCAACAACAGGUACAGAUGCAACCGUAGCUAUACAUGAUCGCUCCGGUCAAUUAAUAGAAAGGUUGAAAUUACAAGGACUUUGUGCAGGAAUGCAAUGGGACAAUGAUGGUGAUUACUUAGCUAUUAUAAGUCCAAACAGUAAUUCAGUUUUACUUUGGGAGUGUCAUGCAAAUAAGCGUGUCAAUAUUGAAACUGGCUUACGUGAAUCACCUUCCUGCCUUGCAUGGUCAUUUGGAGAGCCAUUGUUGGCUAUAGGAACACAGAAAGGGAAUUUGGCAUUAUAUAACCAUCACACUACUAAGAGGAUACCAAUUAUUGGUAAGCAUACCAAGAAAAUCACAUGUGCUGCUUGGAACAGAGACAGCAUACUAGUAUUAGCUUCUGAAGACAAGAGUCUUUCAAUAAAUAAUUCAGAUGGAGACACACUUCGAAUGAUCACUCUUAGAGAUUUGCCAAAUGACUUGCAGUUUUCUGAAAUGAAAAUGGAUGAGAGGGUGGCAGGGGAAAACACAAUCAGUCUAGUGGUUGGGAAACGGACUUUGUAUCUUUACAAUCUUCUUAAUCCUGAAAAUCCAAUAGAACUGGCAUUUCAACAACGUUAUGGCUCUAUAGUCUCAUACAAUUGGUACGGCGAUGGUUAUAUACUUAUAGGAUUCAGUGGUGGUUACAUAAUAUCCAUAUCAACACAUUUAAAAGAAGUUGGGGAGGAGUUAUUCCAAGUGAAGAAUCACAAGGAGAAUCUCACAGAUGUGGCCGUUUUUGGCAACCAAGCGGCGUCUUGUGGUGAUGGACAGUUGAAAUUGAUAUCGAUUUGGGAUAACGGGGAGGUGUCGGGGACCGUGACGCCUGCCGGGGGUGCCGAGCGGUGCUCGUGGAGCUCCGACGGCAGGCUCCUGGCGGCCGCCGGUAGGGCCUACCUCAGCGUGUACGUGACAACCCUACCGCCGCUCCACUCCGUCUACGGGACCAGGGCGCUGACGCUGACCAACUUGACAGAGGUCACGGUCUACCAGUGCAUCGCGGUAGGAGACGAGCAGGACGCCGUGAACAAAUGCGAGCCGGUGGCGCUGGGCUCGUACCGGCUGCCCGCGGAGGCGUCCGCCGUGGCGCUGGGCGCGGCGCACCUGUGCUGCGCCAGCGGCGCCCACGCGUGGUACCAGCCGCUGGGCGGCGGGCCGCCCGCGCGCCGCCUCUACCCCGCCGCCGUGGACCGCGUGCGGAUGGCCGGGGACUGCGCCGCCGCCCUCUUCCGCGGGCGCGCCAUGCUGCACUCGGUCAGUGUUGGCAGAGGGCGGAACAUUCAGACAGAAAGACAGAUAGAACCACCGGACCCGUCACAACCGGAGCGUGACGCGAUGAACUUUCCCGAGCCGCAUAUGCAAGGUGCGAAGAUAGUCGACAUACAUUUGACUGGAGACUUCUUUAUCUUCAUCACCGACCAAGGUCACAUAGAGUACUUCGGGGUCGAGGAGUGGCGGCCUUCGGUCCGCUACAAGCACGCGUGCGGCCUCACCGGGCUGUACUGCGACAUAAGCGGGGCGCGCGCGUGCGUGCUCGACGAGCGCGGGCGGGCGCACGUGUAUUCGCCCGCGGCCGGCGAGGUGUGCGCCGUCCAGCGGACGGCCGCCGCCAGUGUCAGGGGCGUCGUCUGGGACAUCUGCCUGUCGGAGCGCAAUGUCUUCGCCAUUUUCACGGACGAUUCCAUCGAGACGUACUACUUCGCGGCGGCGUCUACGGACGGGCCGCACGUGGACUUCGUGGCGGCCACCAGCCUCCUGCCCGGGCACGUGCCGUUGAUACUGUUCUCCGGCGAUGUCUACUGCUACGCCAGUGGGGGCGCGGUGGCCAAAGUGGGCCUGGACUCGCACAACACGGCGGGGUUGGCCGACGCCGACGCGGAGAGGCGGCUCGCCAAGCAGCGCGGCCACGUGGCCAAGCUGCUGCUGUUGCGGCGCUUCGCCGAGGCGUGGCUGUACUGCGACGCGGUGGACGAGCGCGCGCUGUGGACGCGCCUCGGCGAGGCGGCCGUGGCCGACCUCAGCGUGGACUUCGCGAUACGUGUUUACACACGGCUCAACGACGUCGCAAUGGUCUGGGCGUUGGAAGACGCCUCUCAAAUCGAGGAGCUUCCUAUACUUUGCGGGACGCUGUGCGCGUGCCUGGGGCGCCUGGAGGCGGGCGCGCGGUGGCUGGAGGGCGCGGGGGGCGGUGGGGGCGGUGGGGGCGUCGGGGGCGCGGCGCGGGCGCUCGAGCUGCACGCGGCGGGGGGCGAGUGGGCGCGCGCCGCGCAGCUGGCGCAGGCCUCGUGCCCCGAGAGGGCGCCCGCCCUCCACGCCAUGCGCGCCCACCACCUCGAGCUCACAGCCGACUAUCACGAGGCACUCGUGAAUUACGAAAGGAGCCUGAUAAGCGAGAACGCAGAAGACGCGAAGGUCCGAGAGCACAACGCGAAAUGCGAAGCCGGCAUCGCUAGGACGGCCAUACGCUGCGGUGACGUCAUGAGGGGCGUCACCACCGCAAUGAAGUACGCGCACGACACGGCCCUGCUCAAGGAGUGCGCGCAGCUGCUCGAGGAGGAGAAACAGUACAGCCACGCGGCAGCCCUGUACGAGCACGCCGGCAACGCGGAGAGGGCGGCCUCGCUCUACAUCAAACUCAAGUCCUGGCUGAAGGUCGAGGCCCUCAUGCCGAAGAUCAACUCGCCCAGCGUCCACCUGCAGUACGCGCGCGCCAAGGAAACCGAGGGCCGCUACGCCGACGCCCUAAAGUCCUACCUCAGGGCGCAGGACCACGAAUCGGCGAUCCGCCUGUACCUGGACAAGCUGGACGACAUCGACGCGGCGGUGGCCCUAGUCCAGGAGACCAAGUCGAUACAGGGCGCGAGGGCGGUCGCCGACCACUUCCAGAGGAUUGACGACCCCGCGUCGGCGAUUAGGUUCCUCGUCAUCUCGCUGUGCUACGACGAGGCGUUCCAGCUGGCGAGGAAGCACGGCCAGCUGCGGCUGUACGGCGAGAUCCUGGCGCAGGCGACGCGCGCCCGGCCCGAGGACUUCAGGAGCCUCGCGCUGCACUUCGAGGGCGAGGGGGACCACCUGCUGGCCGGCAGGUUCUACUUCCACGCGGGCGAGUACGGCAGGGCGCUGACGCACCUGCUGAAGGGCGGCGGCGGCGAGGCGGCCGAGGGCGAGGCGAUCGCCGUUGCCAUCGACGCGGUGGCCGCCAGCGACGAUGACAGAUUGACAAGAAGAUUAAUCGAUUUCCUGUUGGGAGAAACGGACGGUACCCCGCGUGAUCCGCGCCACCUGUUCCGUCUCUAUAUGGCCAAGCGACAGUUUGCCGAAGCCGCAAAGACUGCGGUGAUAAUAGCGGGCGCGGAGUGCCGCGCGGGGCGGUACCGCGAGGCGCGUGACGUCACGCGGGGCGUGUGCGGGGCGCUGAGGGCGCGGGGGGCGCCGGUGCCCCGCGACCUGCGCCGCGCCGCCGCCCUCCUCCACUCCUACAUACUCGUGCGGACGCAUGUGAAGCGCGGACGUCACGAGCUCGCUGCCAGAUUGCUUUUGCGGGCAGCCGCCGAAAUCUCCUUCUUUCCGACGCACCAACAUCAAGUGUCGAUACUAACGUCCACUGUGAUCGAGUGCGGGAGGGCGGGCUUGAAGCACCAGGCCCACCACUGGGCUAAGGUGCUCAUGCAGCCCGAAUAUCGCUCGCAGAUAGAUCCGAAGUACGCAAAGAAGAUCGAGUCGGCGGUGAGGCACGCGCCCCGCGAGGCGCCGCCCCCCGACUUGGCCGCACCGUGCCCCCGCUGCGACGCGCCGCUGCCUCGGGCCGAGCUGCGCUGCACGCGCUGCGAGGCCGACCUGCCCUUCUGCCUCGCCACGGGCAUGCACAUCGUGAAAGGAGAUCUCACCGCUUGUCCAGAGUGCGACUUCCCCGCCAUACAUUCGGAGUUCGUCGAAAUACUCCGCGACGAGGGCAAGUGUCCGAUGUGCGGCGAAAGCGUCGACCACAGGCGGCUCGUGCGAAUCGACGACGCUAACGUAUACCUCUACCCUAACGCCAAGGAA